AUGUCUACGCUCCUUGCAGCUCCGUUUGUUACUCAGCAGUCUACCCCCAAACUCCCGCUAGAUAUCCGUGGACGAACAGCAGCAGAGCAGGACAAGACGAAGACGAAGGGAAAGGAACGAAAGCACGAUGCCGGUGACAUCCUCGCCAGGAAACGUCUGGAGAACAUACGGCGUCACAGCGCUCACACACGGCACCGAAACGGCAUCAUCAACGCUGCCGAGAAGAACCGGUUAAACAACACCGAGAAGCAGAUGGACAAACUCCAGAAGCGGGCAGCGAAUAACAUUUCACGGUAUCAGCAUCAGCUCAGGCAGGAGCUGUAUGAAAUGGAAGCAUCAAGGCGAGCACUACGUCAUCAUUCGGUAACGGAAGUAUCCACGGAAACCCACACAGACAAAAAGGGUCUCUCUAAAUUCGCCGCGAAAGGGAGGUACAUGUACUCGGUUCGCAAUGAGACGAAAACCCAGAAGGAAUGUAUGGAGUCAUUUAACAGCAGGAAAGAACAUGCUUCCACCAUGCUGAAACCGGCAAGGAGGCAGAGUGUAAUCGCUAUGGACAACGGUAAGAACAUGGGCUCGGCCCCGCCAGACAAUUACCACGAAGUUGGCAGACGACUCAGCAUGGCGAGAAUGCCGUCUUUUAUUGAGAGCUCUGACGAUGACGACAGUUGCUUCAUGGAAGAUAUAGCUCUCCCUAGCAACCUAGGAGCUCCGGAUGUAACCCAAGGACUACUAUCACCACCUCCAUUCGAUAUAGUCAAAUUCCGCUCAGAGAUUGGCCCAGAACUCCAAGUAGAACUUGAUAAUCUUGAAAUCGGGAACUCGACUGGUGCGUCUUCAAACCCGAAUUACGAGAUUCCGGAGGAGAGUACGACCGAGGGGAGAAAGGUCGCCCAGCUGCCGUCUGCAACGUUGAAGCUUCCCCCGGUGCAGGUUAGCCGAAGCCUGGUUGGUGGUAGAUCACCCAAACAGCAAGCCAUGUCAUCGUUGGUUAAGCCCGGGCUAAGCACCGUGUCUGAAAACUGA